GCUUGUUAGUUUUUCGUGUGUGAGAUAGACCAAUGGCUGACAAAAGGCCAAAUGAGUGGGUACAGCUUUUACUUUCAAGAUUUGACUCCCAGCUUCCUAUACGUACUGGGAUACAUACUGCUCAGUCUACACAAAAUAUGGAAAGAAAUAAAGAGUGUUUAGUAAAUGUGAGCAGGUAUAAAUUUUCACUAGUUAUUUCUGGACUAACAAAAAUGCUACAGAAUAUUGACAGUAUGCAAGUGUAUGGACCAGAUGCAGAAAGAAAUUUUUGCGACUCACUUUUAAUUGUAUUAGAAACACUGGAGAGAUGUCUUACAUGUCAACCUCAUGAUACAUCGCGACUAGAUGAGACUAUUCUGGUCAAAAAUUUACUUCAAGAGUUAUUCAGAGUUCGAAAUCUUGUGUUAAAUUUUAUGAAUCUAACUAGUGAAAAUGGAAAGAUGUACAAUCAGCUUCUGCUACUGGUAUCACAAGUUCUGUACGCCUUAAGUACACAAUACUUCAACGCUGUAUUCAAUCGAAUACCUAACUGUCUCGCUUUAGCUGCACAAGAUGAAUCAAAUGUUGAUCAAGCCAACGAACUGGAGUUAAUUCAACACUUGAAUUUAGAUAUGCGUAAAUUAUCACGCCUCAUACUUGAAAUAUGUAAUCGUUUCAGAUCUUUGAAAAAGUCCACUUGGUUACAUCUUGCUGUUUACUUGGAGCGAGCUAUUUGGAACUGGUUAGAAAAUUAUCCUCAAGAGUUCGAUGAACUGCAAAAGAAGCCCAAUGAUGAACUAGCUGACUGUUGUGAACGUCUGUUUGAUUUGUUUACUUCACUUUGCGCUGAAAGUGGACGAAAGAAAAUUCUUGUUUGGCCUCUACAAAUGAUGCUUUUGGUACUUUGUCCAAAAGUUCUUGAAGAAAUUAAUAACGCUGAAAACGGAGCACCUCUAUCACCAGAGCAUCAGAAAAAGAAACAAUUUAUGGAUGAAGUUCGUAAAGCUCUUGCUUCUCAUGGUCAUGGAAGUAGUGGGAGUAAACCAGCUUUACUAGAAGCUGCAUUGUUAGCUGCUGUUAACUUGUGCAAAGCAUCAACUUACAUUAAUAUAAAUGAUCGGAAUAAUAUUCUCUUUAUUUUGGUUCAUUCAGUGUAUGCUGAUUUACAGAAUUUGUUGUUCAAUCCAACUAAACCAUAUCUACGAAACAAUCAGAAUUUAGCAGAAACAGAAUCUUUACUCACAGAAUUUUUCGUCGCUUAUUUUCGCAUAACACCACAUAAUAAAAAUCUCCUCAAAGUUUGCUUGCAAACAACAUCACCGGCUAUUUAUCAUACUGUGUUAGUAUCUGGGCUUUAUCGUAUAAUUACUCAGUCACGUCUUUCAUGGUGGCCCGAUGUUAGUCCGUUUUAUUCGAAAUCCACAGAGAUUCGUUCAAUGUUCUUAGAAACAUUAAAUCGUGUUAAUCAUCAUCCACCAAUUCGAAUAACUCAGAGUCUUACAUUUCGAGAUAAAAUGAAUUUAAAAAACAAAGACAAAACUGAAGAUAAUUUGAUGAGCAAAUAUAAUUUACUACUAAAUAUGGUUCGUCUACUAAAUGCUAACCCAUUAUUGAUGCUUUAUAGUCCACAGACACGUUCGAGUUCAGAUGCUCAGAAAGCAACAUUUGAUUUAAUGAAUGGUUUAAUGUCUUUGAUACAACAAUCUAUUAUGUCUGACUUAGCACAAGAAGCAAUGGAUGCCUUACUUUGUCUUCACCAACCAGCUAAUAUAAGAUUAUGGAAUUUGCAUUCACCAGCUCAAGCGUUUUGGGAAAUAAGUCCACAACUUCUAUACAGUAUUGCUCAGAAAUUAAUCAAUCGUAAUAUACCUAAUUCAUGUGAUGUUUUAAAAUGGCUAAGAGAGAUUCUUGUCUGUCGGAUAAAAUUUCUUCAGCAACAUUGUAAUUAUGCAAAUCCAUCAGAAUGUUGUACAAUGGGUAUGCUGACAUCCAGUAUGCUAGUUAGCGGAGAUGUUAAUUUGACUACAAACACAAGUACAACUAGUGUAAUAAAUUCUAUUACAACGGUGACAACAACAACAACUGUAUCUAGCCUACCCAACUAUGCACAAACAAGUUCAAAUUCAAAUAUGAGUUAUACAGACGGUGGAGUAUAUAUUGGGCCAGCACCUCCAAGGACAAAUUCUCAAAAUACGCCAUGUUUAAGCCCAUUUCUAGGGCCAUUAGGAAUUAAUCCAAAACGAAAUCAAAUGGCUCUUAUUAAACUAGAAACAGUAUUUUUCACUUACCUAUGGUCACUAGAUUUAGAAGCUGUUUUAACUUCUAUGUCUUGCUUUCGUCUGUUGUGUCAAGAAGCUGAACUUUGGAGUAGUGCUGCUACCUUAGCCACAAUCACUUCUGUUCCAGAUAACGAGUCUGCACAACAUUCUGACUGUGAAUGUUAUUUAACAAAUCCCAACUUAUCUGCUCCUUCAUCCACAGAAACAUCAGAUUGGGUAGAGAGUUCUUUAACAACAAAUACAAACCAAAGUGAUUUGAUCCGAAAAUCACCUCCACCUAAGGUUAAUUAUAAACUCGUAGUUUCGUCAGCUUCAUCUAGCAGCACGCCAUCAGAAAGUACAUGUGUGCGUUUCCAAAACUCUUCAACGCCAUACGAUGCUGAAUCCAGAACUCGUUCUAAUGUUACUGGAUCAUGUAUUGCUUUAUGCAAUUGUGGAUGUCCGCUUUGCACUCCAGUGAACUAUUUACCAGUGUGUACAAAUAUUGGUGGCAAUCCUGCCGUUUCUCAGUCUGUCCACGACUCCAGUUCACAUUCUAGUUUCAGCACCUCAUUAAAUUCAGAUAGUAAUCCAACCUUUUGUUCUGAAUAUUCUGAUGACAGUACAAAAAACUUUUCUACUAAUACAUCGACCAACGUUGUAAAUCCUAUUCUCUAUACAACUAGUUCAUUAGGCAAGUCAUAUUCGUUGUCAUUACCAGCUCAGUGGGCUUUUACUGAUUUCCGCUUACCAGAUCUUCUUCCUGUUUACAAUGUAUAUGCUGAGAUUGCUGAUCACAGUCGUUCAAUUGUCACAACAGGACGUGCACACUUACAAAAACAAAUUCUAGCUUUAUUAAGAAAAAUAAACCAUCAAACCCAAGGAAAUAAACUAGCCUGGGAACAUACUUAUAUGAUUUGGCUUAGAAGUACAAAAUUUCUAAUAAACUACCCCAAAUCAAAAGCUUCUGUUCCACCGAAUGGAACUGAAGAUUCGUGUUAUGAUACCACUGCUAAUUUAACCAGUAAUACUUCAGUAAGUGGAUUUUCAUCUUCAUCAUUGGGCAAUUCACCAUCUAUAUCGAGUGGUCUAGACUCUAUAACUAAUCAAGUGGAUACUACUACAUCUGGAAUGAAUAUAGAUGGGUUUUCUUCUGUUGCAGGUUCUACUGGGUUACUUCUCAAUAUAACAAAUAAUACUGGUGGAGUUUCUGUGUCAAGUGGAUCAACUGGAACCAGUUCAUUUGUUUCUGGAUGUGCUAUAAGUUCAGGUACAAGUCGUUAUUUGGCUGUUAAACGUCGUGUCAGUCAACAAUCACCAGUUAAUGAUCAUGAAAUUGAAGAUGUGCUAAAUGAAUGGGCAAAUAUGACUGGAUUUUUAUGUGCAUUGGGUUCUGUAGCACUUAAUCUACCACCUUUACCUCAGGGAUCGUCGCUUUCUUCACAAACAACUUCAUUGGGUUAUUCAUGUGACCAAACCAAAAUGAAAUGUCAACAAAUUCACUGUCCUCAUUAUCAUUACUGCGCUCAACAUUUAUUGAAUCAUGUACAUCAACAUUUUGAUCCUAACUGUCCGCGUGCAAAUUAUUUCCUACAAUCUCAUCGUGCUAAUUUCAAUAAAAGUACUAGUGAUGUUGAUCAAACAGAUGAUUCUCAUAAAUUUCAUUCAUUUCAUGGUGCUUAUCUUAGUGAAUUAACUGCUGCAAGACGUCUUUCACUAGUUCAGUCUAGUUUAAAUCAAGAUAAUCAAUUCUCGCCUGUUGCUCAGUUUAUUGGUAAUCUAUUAUUACUUAUUAGCUGUCAACAUGAGAAAUUUGGGCAUCAAAUACAAAAGCAUGUUAAAGAAUCAAUUGGAAAUGAAUUAAAUCCAUUGAUUUAUCCAAUAUUAUUUAAUCAACUACGUAGUCAUGUGGAUGCAUGUUUUUCAGGACAAGGACAACAACAAGUGGUUGUCACAGAAACAAAUACAUUAUUCAUUGAAAAUGUCAUUUUCAUAAUGCGUAGUAUAUUGGAUAAACGAACUAAAUCUGUUGAUCGAUUAAGUGAUCAUUUAGAAUUAGUUAGUAUAGAAAGUCUUAUGUUAAAUAUUGUUAGGUACGUUCGUCACUUGGAAUGUGUACAUUCUCUUCAGAUAAAAAUUAAAGUUUGUCAAUUAGUGCAGAAAAUGAUGGCCAGACGUGAAGACUUAGCAUUUAGACAGGAAAUGAGAUUUCGAAAUAAACUAGUCGAUUACCUUUGUGAUUGGAUCAUGGGCAGUAGCUAUCAUCUUAACCUUUCCGUACAGACAAAUUACUUAGCUAAUAACUCCACGGGAACAACAAUCUCAACAACAAUAUCUACUUCCACUACUGUUGCUUCCUGUAAUAUUAGUAACGUUUCUGGAAUGUUUGGGUCAUCAAACACCUCAACUGCUAGCUCUCUUACAUCAGAAUUUAAUGAAAAUGUAUCUUUAUCUAGUUCAUCACUAGUGAAUUCAUCAAUUUUCCUCCCACCCGGAGUAGGAGUACCAUUAAGUCAAAGUCAAAGUAAUUCUGUUGCGAUAACAAACCAGUAUUCACAAUUAACAUGUUCAAACACUGCACCCAAUUGUGGAAUCAGUGGAAUGACUACAAACCAUAGUGGCGUUCAUGGCAAUAUUCCUGGUUAUUCAGGCCCGUUAACCGCAGGAAACUUUGGACUGAUGAAUUAUGGGUCCCAAGGACAGUCAUCAGUAAAUGCUUGGAAUCGAUCUGAUGUUUUGGAUCCUAAUUAUGCAUGGAAUAAUGCAACACCGAAUUCAGGUAUUGGUGUGGGGUUAACUGCUUACGGACAACUUUCUAGUGGUCCGUUUUCGCCCUACUAUAGUGUCACAGAGUUAAAUAGUUACAAUAGUAUGCCAUAUGGAAAUGUAAACAACAGUCGACUUGCCAGUGAUGGAUUGAGUUGUUUUGGACAGUCACAGCCCUGGAACGUUACAAACAGCAAAUCAACUGCCUUGUCAGGGACAGCAUCAUUUCAAAAUUACAUGUCGACCGGUAUUAAUUCCUUACCCACUGUUUCCAGUUCAUCUGCAUUCAACGCCGUUAGUGGUCAAAGUAAUACAAACAAAUAUGGAAUUAAUACAUCUACGUCCAAUGUAAGUAACAUAUCCUAUCCUACACAAUCAUCGGUCACAAAUGCUUGGUCAGGUGCAAGCGGUGUUAGCUGUGCUUUAUAUACAGGAACAAACACUACUUCUACUCAAGUACCGGCUAUUGCAAUUUCUGCUCCCGCAAAUUUAAGUGCUGGAAGUUAUUCCUCAAAUGUCCCAAAUAUUACUUCAACUGCCGGUAUAGUAGCACAAACUGCUGCUCAAACAAGAGAAUUAGAUCUGGCAUGUAUGGAGGCGGUAGCUGCAUUACUUCAUGGUAUGCCAUUACAACCAGAAGAAGUUGAUCGUGCAGACUUAAUGGAUGCUAAAUCUCAUUUGUUUGCAAAAUAUUUUUCACUUUUUAUGAAUCUGUUAAAUGAUGUGGCAGAUGAUCGUGAAAAAGGUGCUGAAAUUAGACAAAAUCAUACAGCUUUACGUAAUGUCACUGUUCAAGCAAUGUCAAACCUAUUAAAUGCUAAUAUUGAAUCUGGAUUAGUUCAUGCAAUAGGUCUGGGUUAUCAUAGAGAGCCACAAAGUCGAGCUGCAUUUAUGGAAGUUUUGACAAAAAUUUUACAACAAGGCACAGAGUUUGAAACUCUUGCAGAAACAGCUUUAGCUGAACGAUAUGAACGUUUAGUUGGUUUAGUGACCAUGGUUGGUGAAAAUGGUGAACUUCCAAUAGCUAUGGCUCUUACUCAAGUUGUUUCUUGUAAUAAUAUGGAUGAAUUAGCUCGGGUUCUUGUUACAUUGUUUGAUGCUAAACAAUUACUUUGUCAAUUAUUCUGCAAUGUAUUUUCCAAAGAGCUGGAAUCAGCUGAGAGUAUGCAAGCACCAUUACGUGGAAAUACAAUGACAAGUAAAAUUAUGAAUUAUUGUUUCAAACAAUUUGGACGUGAUUAUUUGCAAUCAGUGAUAGGUCCCGUACUUAUGGAGCUAGUCAGACGAGAUGCUGGAAAUUCAAGUGCUUACGUACCGUUGGCACCAUUACCAUCAACGAUGAUUACAACAACAGUAAAAAAUGAUGUCAGCAAUGAUACUAAUUCAAAUUAUAAUGAUAUUCAAAAAUUAAGUGAAACAUCAUUCAUCAACACAAAUGAAUUAUUGGAAGAUAUGACAAAAUUCACUCAAAAUAAAUUGAAUUUAUCCUAUGAAGUAGAUCCUAGGCUAUUACAAGCAAAUGAAAAUUUAGAAGAUAAUCAGAACAAUUUAAUUUUUGCGACUGAAUUAUUAUAUAAUAAAUUAAUUAAAUCUGUGGAUAGUUUCCCAUCUAGACUACGAUGUAUGUGCAGAUGUUUAUACAAAUUAAUUGGUCAUUUAGGCUAUGGAAAUCAAUCUCAUGAUCAAGCAUUGAAUGUUUUGUCAACAGUUGUAUUUUUACGAUUUAUUAAUCCAGCUGUUGUAUCGCCUUAUGAAAGUGGUAUAUUAGAUUUUGAACCGCCAAGUCGUGUUAAACGUGGUCUUAUUUUGAUUGGAAAAAUGAUGCAAAAUAUUGCAAAUCAGUUAUUAUUUACCAAGGAGCCACAUAUGCGUAUAUUUGAUUCAGUUUUGCAAAAACAUUUUGAAUCAUGUAGACAGUUCUUUAAAGCAAUUGUUGAAGAGUCUACUAAACCUGAUAAAUCUUUGGACCCAUCUACAUUCAAUGGUCUGCUGGAUCCUUUAAUAAACAACACUAGUCAAUUAGUUGUCUCCUCUUCAUGGUUAUCCGGUGCACAUGCUAAUUCAUCAACUGGAAAUCCUUUAGAAGCUAUUGUUCCACUGACAAGUGAUAAUGUCUCACCAAUAUCAGGUUGUACAAAUACAGGUGGUGGUGGUGGUGGUGGCGGUGGCAGCGUCGAAGGAGGUGGUGCUGGCAGUUGUAUGAUUUCUUUUAUUUCUGAUGAUCUUAUACAUGCUUUACAUCGAUUAUUAUUUACAAAUCAAAGUAAAAUUGGAGACUAUUUGGCUAGCAAUCGUGAUUGGAAGGCUGUUGGCAGACAACCAUUUGACAAAAUGGUGACUUUAUUGGCACAUCUAGGUCCACCUGGGCAUAAAUCUGUUGAUUGCAUGUGGAAUUACUUGGAUAUACCAUCAACAAGAUUAGAAGAUUGGGUACUACGUGGUUAUCAAUUUCGUGACAGUGAAGAAUUCAAGCAUUUAAAAAAUGUAAAUGCAUUUUAUCAAGCUGGUACUAGUCGAUUAGGCAACCCAGUUUUUUACUAUAUCGCUAGGAGAUAUAAAUCACGAGAAUAUCAACGCGUGGAGUAUCCAUUCAUAAUAUGUUUAGUUUCAAUGACAUUGGAUGCUUAUCGUAAUAAACCCUUUGAAGUUGUGAUUGAUUUCACUCAUACAUCAGUUGAAAAUCGAUUUAAGAAUGAUCUUUUAAACAAAUGGGCCAAUAUCAUUGGACCAGUGUUACGUGAAUAUCUCGUUGCUGCGUAUAUUUACAAUUGCAAUUCCUGGGUUCGCGAAUAUACCAAAAUACACGACCGAUUUUUCUCACCAAUCAAGGGUUCUAGAAAACUUGUUUUCAUUGAUCACCCAUCACGUUUAAAUGAAUACAUUGAACCGGAUCAACAAAGACUUCCUGCUGGAACAUUAGUUUUAGAAGAAGAUUUACGUGUAUUCAAUGGAGCUUUGAAAUUAUCACAUAAAGACACGAAAGUAGCUAUCAAAGUGUGUACAAAUGCUAUUCAAGUUACUACAACUGAAAAAACCAAAGUUCUUGGUCAUUCAGUUAUUUUGAAUGAUGUCUAUUACGCUUCAGAGAUUGAAGAAGUUUGUUUAGUUGAUAAUAAUCAAUUCACAUUAACCAUUUUAAAUGAUAAUGGUCCAUUAUCUUUUAUACAUGAUGCAUGUGAUUCUAUUGUUCAAGCUAUUAUACAUAUACGUACAAGAUGGGCAUUAUCUCAACCGGAUACACCAGCAAUUCAUGCAAAGAUUAGACCACGUGAUGUUCCUGGAACUUUACUAAAUAUAGCAUUACUUAAUUUAGGUAGUUCCGAUCCAAAUCUACGAUCAGCUGCCUACAAUUUACUCUGUGCAUUGACACAGACAUUUAAUUUAAAAAUUGAAGGACAAUUGUUAGAAACUAAAGGAUUAUGUAUUCCUGGAAAUAAUACACUAUUUAUCACUGAGAUAAGUAAUCGUCUAGCACAAUUAGAACCGCAUUUAACGUUGGAAUUUCUCGAGGAAUGUAUUCAAGGAUUUAGUCGUUCGAGUAUCGAAAUGAAACACUUGUGUUUAGAAUAUAUUACACCUUGGUUACCUAAUCUAACACGUUUUUGUCGUUCGGAUGAUGCUAAACGUCAAAAAGUAAAUUCUAUAAUUGAUAAGUUAAUCACUUUGACUAUCGAAGAAGAACAAAUGUAUCCGUCAAUUCAAAUAAAAAUUUGGGGAAAAUUGGGUCAAGUUCCACAACUUUUAGGACUUGUUCUAGAUAAUUUUAUACAACGUUCUGUUAGUUGUGGAUUAGGUAGUUUACAAGCAGAGAUUAUGGCUGAUACGUCAGUUGCACUAGCAGCUGUGAACAAACAACUUGUAUCAAAGAAAGUAUUAUCUAAAUUAUGUCGUUUUAUUGAGAAGACGUGUUCGGCUCCAACAACCCUAUUAGAACAACAUCCAUUAUGGCCAGAAACUGCACCAUUGCUACGAUAUUUAUUAAUGCUAUCAUUCAAUAAUUGUUUAGACAUAUGUACACAUUUGCCUCGAUUAUUUCAUAUUGCUACUCUAUUGGUAUGUACUGGUCCACUUUCUCUGAGAGCGUCCGUACAUGGAUUUGUAAUUAAUGUUAUUCAUUCAUUGUGCACUUCAUCUCUAGCUAAACAAAUUUCUGAAAAAACCGUUCAUCAACUUCGUCAACUUCUUGCAGAGUUUACUCUACCAAAAUUUUAUGAAGUCUUCGGUAUACAACAUGUUAAAUGUGCACCGAUUAGUGCAUUUCCACACUUUCGUCCUGGUGAACGAUCAGGUUUGAUAACUGCAUCGGUUGGACCGAAUAAUCCAUCUCACACAGGUUCUGUAGCAUUAAAUAUUCCACCGAUACCUGGACAUAUUGGAGUUAUUUCAAAUUUACAACAUAGUCAAGGAAGUAGUAGCAGUAUUAGUAGUAAUUGUAGUGGUGGUACAUGUACAUCCAUGUCAAUUGAUGGUAUAGAUUUAAUCAAUGCUAAAAAAGAUACAGGUUUACAAAGUUCUGAAUUAAAAAAGUCUGAAUUUAAUCGAAAUACCCAUCCAGUUUUAAUAAUGAUUGGUGAUCAUGGUGAAGACACAAAUCUUUGUCAUCGUAUAAUAACAACAUCGAUUGAAAACACUCAGCGUAUUAGACAAAUCAAUAAUUCUACGGACAAUUGUGAACGAAAUCCAUAUAAUCUUCCUCACCAAAAACAACAUUCAUUUCCAACUGAUAUAUUCAAUUUGAAUUCAGGAAAUAGAAUGAAUUCUACAUAUCCUGAUAAUUAUUCAUUAAGAUUAAAUCAAACAGGUCAAUUUGUUGGACCGCAUAUAUUUAAUCCUUGUACAAGUAUACCAUCAUCAUAUUUACCAAAUCAUGUUAUAUCACAAUUAUCAUUACCAUUAGAUAGUUCAGAUAAUAAACCGGAACGUUUAUCAUUGAGUUCAUUGGAAUUUCUUACUGAUACUUUACUGGAAAUUAUGAGUUUAGUUAUAAAAGAAGUGCCGAAAUUUACUCAUUGGCUUGAUCAAUGGACACAAUUAGCACGAAAAUUUGCGUUUCAACAUAAUCCAGCCUUACAACCUCGUGCAAUCAUUGUACUUGGAUGUAUUUGUAAAAGUUUUACUGAUACAGAUAUAAAACAAUUAUUACGUAUCAUGUCUAGAGCAUUAGCAUCUUAUGCAAAUGAAUUGAAUAUGGAAAAAGAUCUACGACAUAAAACUGUCAAUACUGGACAAGCAGAACUUUAUCUCAUUGAAGCAAUAAUUAUUUGUUUAACAAGGCUGUUACCUCUAUUACCAUCAGAUUCAGAAACACAUCAACCAUUAUUUUGGGUUGCAUUAGGUAUUCUACAAUUAGAUGAAGUAACAUUGUAUGCAGCUGGAUUAGCGUUACUUGAACAAAAUUUAUUAACGUUAGAUCAGAAUGGAACAUUUGAACGUGAUUCAUUAAGUUGUAUUAUGAUGCGAUGUAGAGAACAAUUUAUUUUACAAUAUAAACAAAUGGAUCAUGCUGUUGGUCUUAGUUUUCGUGAUAGUUUUCAUUUUGCAUUAGUUGGUCAUCUACUGAAAGGAUUUCGUCAUCCUGAUGUAAAAACUGUUGCUAGAACUAUACGUGUACUGAAUUUACUAUUGGCUAUAGUUGCCAAACCAAUUAAUCGCGACAAAUAUCAAGUUAGUCACGAAAGUAUAGCUUAUUUAACAGCUCUACUACCAGUAUCCGAAGAAGUACGUAAACGAUGUCGAUUGAAAUUUCGUAUACCUGGUACACUUGUUGGUACAAAUGAACAAGAAGUAAAUAAAACUAGUGGUACUAAUAAUAAUAAUAAUAACACGACAAUAACUACAAAGAAUUCUUCCUCUUUCACAAGUCCAACAAUAUAUCCAGCUAAUAAUAUUGAUUGGGGUGGAUCUAAUGAAAGUCUACUUGAUACAUCAUCAUCACCUCAACAGUCAAAUCCACGUAGUCAUAAUUCAGUUAGUCUCAUUAAAUCAUUAUUACCAAAUCCAUUGAUUCAAUCAAAUUUCUAUCAGAAAACUAAUCGUCCACGAUUUGAAUUAAAUUAUACCAGUAAUUUAUCACUGUCCGAUAAUAAUAAUACACAACAACAACAACAGCAGCAACAAUUAAAUCGUCAAUUAAAUGAUCGACAAAUAACAGCUAACGUGGUAUCAGAAGUGAAUCAACCUCAACAAUCAUCGCAGCAAUUUUCUAAGCACCAUUUAAUUUUAAAUACAACAACAGACAGUUUACGUUCACGUUCUAUUGAUGAAUGUAUAACAAAUGGUGGAAGUACUAGUUCAAACACGGAACAACGUUUAGGCAAUGUUUUGCAUCAAAUCAAAGAUGAAAUAACAGAUGGUCAGAUUAUAAGUGGUAGUGAAUUUGAUGAUGUCAGUACAGAUAAGAAUCAAAUGAAUCAAAGGGAACAGUUAUUACCUAGAUUCAUACAAAGUGAACAAAAUACAUCGACUGGAGUUCUACUUGAUCCAAGUAUUCUUACAGAUGAAGCAACUCAAGCUUUAACUAUUGCUGUACUGACUACUUUGGUGCGUUAUACCACUGACGAGAAUGAGUCAAGAGUUCUAUAUGAAUUUUUAGCAGAUGCUUCUAUGGUUUUUCCUCGUGUAUUUCCUGUAAUACAUAGUUUGUUGGAUUCAAAAAUUAAUUACGUCCUAACACAUUGUCAUGAUCAGAAAAUUUUGAGUGCUGUACAAAGUAUCAUACAGAAUAUGAUUGGUAAUGGUGAAACAUCUGUACAACAAUUACACUAUUUACAAAGUAUCGGUUUUGGUGGUCUAUGGAGAUUUUCCGGGCACUUUUCUAAGGCAAAUCAGAAUGCUGAUACUGCUCAGUUGUUUGUCAAUUUUCUUGAAGUCCUAAUUGAUUCACAUUUACCCGGAGAAGAUUUACGAACAUCAUAUACACCAGUGUUAGGUUUAGGAAAUACAGGUCGAGCUAGUAAUCUAUCCAGUGAUUCCUCUUUAAGUUUAUCUAGUGUACACGGUUCUAUAAAUGAAGUAUCAACUGUCACUGCUUCCAUUACACCCACUGUAACUAAUACAACUAAUAAUGUCGACAGCGGCGAUAGAGAUGGACCUACGUCAGUGUCAUCGAUUACCUUAGUCAAUGUUCCAUGUGUUGUAUCAAAUAAUGAUUCUGAGGAAUUAGAAUUAAAUUUGUCUACUAUUGGUUCUAUGCCAACAGAUCAGCAAGAUGUAAAUUCUGAAUAUUUCACUUCUAGAGGAAGAUCUGGAUCAAAUAUCAGUGGAUUUGAACAUAUAAUAAAGGCAUAUAAAUUAAAUUUUAGUUGGAUACAUUUAAAUGCUUGGGCGAAUGCUGGUAACUUUAAAGAUGAGUAA